AUAUAUGACAUUCGUGUACACGUUCCGGAAUGUUGUGGAAUGCGGAUCGGGAGAUUACGUCGUCGUCAUCGACGACAUGCCAUCCACAACGACCGGUGGUAGUGGUAAUGUCGACUGUCGACUGACGUUAGUGGUGGUGGUAGAGCAGCAGCACUGAGCACGUCGUACACCGCACACGUCCUCAACUGGGCGGCUUACUAGUCACUGUCUAUAGUCAGUAGUGCUGUACCGUUGGCCGCGCGUUUCUCUGACGUUCGAUCAUUCCCGACGGUAAUAACUAUUAUAUUCAACUCGCGAUUGUUGUUGUACCGAAGACACGCGUAUCCGUUUCCCUCCCACCAUCGCAAGAUUUCCAUUGCCGUGAAGGCGUCGUCGCCCACGCAAACGGUUUUUAUUCUAAUUCGUUUGUGUUCACGCCGCCGAUAUUAUUACUGUUGUUCAUCUGAUACGAUGACCAUAUUAUAACGGUCGUGUACCCGGCGACGUGUGAAUAAACUGUUCUAACUAGGUGCCUUGUUAUUGUUCGUCUUCUUUUUGAUGGAUACUCGCUGAUCGUGCAGAAGUCGCCCACCGACUAUCGAUCUCCGUUGAUUACUGAUCGUUACGGGCCUACCCACCCGUACCAAGUUAACCAUAAUAUAUUCGUAAACAUGUCACCUGCCGACUGACCGGUGUCAUGUUCCGUUGCAUACCGAUAUUCAAGGGCUGCAACAGGCAGGUGGAGUGUGUGGACAAGCGGCACAGCUCGUUGAAUUCGGUACCUGAAGAGAUACUCCGAUAUGCCAGAAGCCUGGAGGAGCUGCUGUUGGAUGCCAAUCACCUCCGUGAACUGCCAAAAAACUUCUUUAGACUUCAAAGGUUACGGAAGCUUGGGCUAAGUGACAAUGAAAUACAUCGUUUACCACCAGAAAUACAAUAUUUUGAAAAUUUGGUGGAAUUAGAUGUUUCAAGAAAUGACAUACCUGAUAUACCCGAUGAAAUUAGAAGUCUAAGAUUACUGCAAGUUGCAGACUUUAGUAGUAAUCCUAUUCCUAAAUUACCAUCUGGAUUCUCACAACUACAUAAUCUCACUACAUUAGGACUUAAUGAUAUGUCAUUAAGUAAUCUACCUGCAGAUUUUGGGCUGUUAACAAAUUUAAAAUCACUAGAGCUGCGGGAGAAUCUUUUGACAUCUUUACCAUUAUCAUUAUCACAAUUAACACGUUUAGAACGAUUAGAUUUGGGGGAUAAUGAAAUAGAUCAUCUGCCAUAUCACAUUGGUAAUCUUCCAGUUCUCCAAGAACUUUGGUUGGAUCAUAACCAUUUACAACAUUUACCUGCAGAAAUAGGAAAUCUUAAGCAAUUAGCUUGUUUAGAUGUAUCUGAAAACCGUUUAGAAGACAUUCCAGAAGAAAUUGGUGGUCUAGAAAACCUAACUGAUUUGCAUUUGUCUCAAAAUGUAAUAGAGACCCUUCCAAAUGGUAUUGGUGAACUCACUCGUCUAAUGAUAUUAAAAGUUGACCUUAAUAGAUUAACUAUGUUAAAUGAUCGUAUCGGAUGUUGCGAAAAUCUUCAAGAACUUAUACUUACAGAAAACUUUCUGGUUGAAUUACCUGCAACAAUUGGGAGACUUGUAAACCUAACAAAUCUUAAUGUAGAUCGAAAUAGUCUGCACUGUCUACCAACUGAUAUUGGUAAUUUAUGUCAAUUGGGUAUUCUAUCACUGAGAGAUAAUAAAUUACAAUAUCUUCCUAAUGAAGUUGGAAAUUGUGUUGAAUUACAUGUACUAGAUGUUUCUGGAAACAAUUUACAAUAUUUGCCAUUUUCUUUGGCCAGCCUCAAUUUAAAGGCAGUUUGGCUAUCAAAAAACCAAGCUCAACCUAUGCUCAAUUUUCAAACAGACGAAGAUGAAAAAACUGGAGAACAAGUACUUACUUGUUUUCUGUUACCUCAACUUGAAAUUAGAGGAGAAGCAAAUGGCUUGAUCACUGGUGACUAUGACCAAACGUUGUGCUCGCCACCAGAUGAAGAGCCAACCAGUGAAGCAGAUGAAAAUGAAUGGGAAAACAAGGCAAAUUCCAGAACAACAUCCGUUCAGUUCACUGGUGACAUCAAGACUGAACCCAAUACAAAUACAUCAUUUGUACGUCACAACACUCCUCAUCCUAGAGAACUGAAAGCUAAAGCAACAAAGCUGUUUGGUAAGACCAGAAGUAAUGAAAGCAGUUUAACUGACAGUCAAAAAGGAGAUGAUUCUACCGAAAAAAGUAAUGGAAAUGAAGUUACAAAUGAAAAACAUUCAGAAGAAGUAGAGUCCAUUGUAGAAACAAAUAGUAUUUUAGAAGAAGAUACCAAUUAUGAGGAAAAAAGUGUAGUUUUCCACCCAUCUUCAAAUUUUGAUGCUGAUAUUCAAAAUAGGCCUAUGAAGUUACAUCGAAGAGACACGCCUCAUCAUUUAAAAAACAAAAGAAUUACUAUAGAUGCUAAUUUAAUUGAACAACAGGAAGCACAGUUGGUUAGUCAUGAAAACGAAAACACGUCAAAUUCCUUAUCUGAAGAUAAAAGUUCAGUAUUAUAUCCCACUCCACCUGAAUCAUUAGUAGAUCAAACUGCACUAGAUGGUGAAAUGGUAGGAAAAGAAGAAUUAUUUGAAGUUAGAAUUGUAAGAACAUCUGCUGGUUUGGGGUUAUCAAUUGCCGGUGGUAGAAAUUCAACACCUUUCAAGGGAAAUGAUGAAGGCAUUUUUGUAUCUAGACUUACCGAUGGACCUGCUGAAUUAGCUGGACUUCGAGUUGGGGACAAAGUUCUUACAGCUAAUGGUCAGUCAUUAGUUGAUGUUGAUCAUUAUACGUCUGUUGAAGUUUUGCGUUCAUGUGGCUCAGUUUUAGUUCUUCAAGUGUUAAGAGAAACCAACCCACAACCAAAAGAUUGGGCUAUACACAUUCCAGGUGAAUCAACUUCAUCCAGUUUGAAUAAUAGCCGAGCACCCAGUGUAAUUUCUCAUCAGAACAAUUAUGAACAUACUAAUGGCUAUAGUUUAGAUAGGAAUCGAAAAACACCAGAGCCUUUAAAAGAAUUAGAUUCAACAAAAAAACAAAUUGUGUAUACGACUUUAAUAAGAGACCAAAAUGGUCUUGGAUUUAGCAUAGCUGGUGGAAAAGGUUCUAGUCAUUUUAAAGAAAAUAAUGAGGCAAUUUUUAUAUCAAGAAUUACAGAAGGUGGUGCUGCUGAAAAAGAUGGAAAGUUACAAGUUGGAGACCAAGUUAUAUCGAUAAAUGGUAUUGAUGUGGCUGGUGCCCGUCACGAUCAAGCUGUAUCAAUGUUAACUGGAUUGGAGCGGUUUGUGCGUCUUGUAUGUGAGCGAAUAGUUGAUGCUCGGUACUCAGAUUCUGAGUCACAUAAUUCUAUUUCACCAAGUAUUGCAUCCACUAAGUCUCGUUCAUACAUGUCACCAAAAACCCCUCCUCCGGCACCACCACAAACUCCACCUAAACCUGCACCAAGGAAAUUAGUUUCUCAGUCAUCAUCUAUCAGUUCAGAUUCUGAAAGUGUUCAACCUAAGCCGUUGACCAACGAAGAUUUUGAAGCUAUGAUUCCACAACGUUUUCAAAAGAACGGUGGGAAUCAAGUUGAAGAGCAACCAGUUGCUGUAGUUACUACUCUAACUAUCAAAAAGCCCAGCACUUUGAAUGGAAUAGAAUUCAGGGAAAGCCCAACUACUUUAGGUCGUGUCACUGAAACUAUAACCAAAAGUACAUUUACUGAAACUGUGGUGACUAGGGUGACAGAUAAUGAUUUAGCUAAAUCUGUCAUUAUUGAGAACGUCACUUUAGUAAAAGAAGGAGGUUCUUGGGGUUUCAGUAUAAUUGGAGGAACAGAUCAUCCAUGUAUACCGUUUGGAUUACAAGAACAUGGAAUUUUUAUCUCUCAUAUUGUUCGUAAUGGCAUAGCUGAAAGUUCGGGAAAGUUACGUAUAGGUGAUCGUUUAUUAAAAGUAAACGAAGAAGAUGUUACAAAAAUGACUCAUCAAGAUGCAGUACUAACUCUUUUAAAGCCAACUGAAGAAAUAACUCUUACAGUACAACACGACCCUCUUCCAGACAACUUCCAAGAAUUAACAAUUGUCCGGGAAGCUAGUGAAAAACUUGGCAUGCAUAUCAAAGGUGGUCUUCGAGGCCAUCGAGGCAAUCCACUAGAUAAAACUGAUGAAGGUGUUUUCAUCUCAAAGAUUAACUCUGGUGGAGCAGCUAAAAGAGAUGGACGAUUAAAAGUCGGUAUGCGUCUUUUAGAAGUAAAUGAUGUAUCCCUAUUGGGUGUUACACACCAAGAGGCUGUAAACUGUUUGCGGACGGCUGGUCAACAAAUACACAUGAUUGUAUGUAAAGGUUAUGAUAAAUCAGAAGUUGAACGACUGGUCAAUGAAGGCAAACUCAGGCGAGAGAGUAGAUCAAUUUCUCAGAGUGUAUCUAGUUUAGAUAGAGAUGAUGAUGAUUCUGAAGUAAUUAAACAAGAAAUGGAAAUUAAAAAAGAAUUAGCUGAAUGGGAAAACCAAGAAAAAUUACUUAAAGAAGAACUAGAAAAUAUGGAAUUAGACGAGGUUAAAGAAAAGUCUACCCAAGAAAAAGUUUUGGAUGUAGUGCGAGCUGCUGAAAUGUUGACGCUAAACUCAACUGAGUCAAACUCUAUAAAACCUAAAUCUCCUGGUGGCCCAAAAUCAGGUGAUAUUCAAAAAACUACGACGAUAGUUAUGAGUAAACAUACCUUAGCCCCUCAAGCUGAUCAAGUAGUUAUACAGAAACGGCCUAACAUAUCUCAUUCAAAACAAUCUCCUCAAAAACCAUCUCUUCCCAAAAAACCACCGCCAUUAAAAUCCUCUUUCCAGUCACCAAAACACAUACAUUUCCAGGAUAUUCCUUAUAAUAACCCUCAUCCUCCUCUACGAACAGUCGUUGUGGAACGACCAAAACCUAUUCAAGUAGAAAUGAUGCCUUAUGUUACCAAAGUGAAUACGUUGCCAGCCGACCAGUUUUAUGUUCCAGACUUCACAGACGUUGAAAGUAGCUCAUCCUUGGAAACUGCACAGUCCCUAGAACUACCUCCUGUAAACUAUUCCACACACCCGUCCACUCCUCAUUGGUUGGAAAUAUAUAAUGAUACCCCGUCACUUUUGACAUAUUACAAUGAAGUUAAUCCCUGUGAGCAAAAUGCUGGUGUCAAAGCUUCAGUUAGUGAUAAAAAGAAGUUUUUUGAAAAAGCUAUGGAAGAACACCACAAUCCUAGUCCAAAACCUGAAAGAGUAUUUAGUUUUCUAAGCCAGGAUGAAGUAGAAAAAAUGAAACAAGAAGAAGAGCAAAAAAUGGGUACAUUAAUGAAGCAAAGAUUAAAUCAACAUGAACAAUUUAUUGAAGAAGAUGAUGAAGAUGAUAAUGAUGGUGGUGCUUUGAUUUUUGAAAACACACAAAGUAUUGAGUUGCCUAGAAAUGUCAAUACUAAUACUUGUGUACGUACAGCUAAAGCUGAGAAGCGUAUGAAAGAAAGACUAAGUCAAGAGGGAAUUGUUGAACCUAAUGAAAAUAACAAAGAGCUUUCUCCUUCUGAACAACGUUCACUUAAUGCUGAAAAAAAAGCUGCAUGGCGACAAGCCCGAUUAAAGUCUUUAGAACAAGAUGCUUUACAAGCUCAAAUAGUAAUAAAAGAAUUGAGCGAGAUAAGUGAAAGUAAAUCAACAAAUGGUGGUGAUGCAGAUAGUGAUGAAAUAUUAGACAUCCAAUCAAAAGAAUGUACAGACAAUAAAACACUGGAGUGCUUGCGGCCGACCAGCGAGGACUUUCCUCGCCUGCGCCUGCGUGAAUCCCCUGUCCAGACCAAGGUGUCGGAACGCGAGACAGUCGUCGGGGAGAGUGUUUCUCUACGGACCGAGCAGUAUGUUGACCACAUUUCCGGUCAACUGAAAGUCAGAACUGUCGAAAUUAUUGAAAAAGUCAUUGAAAAAGAGGUGGAGACAACUAAAGAGAAAAUAGUGUCUCUCGAAUUGAGUACUCCCGAAUCAGAAAUACCCGAAAUACCAAUUGAAGAGGCUGCUGAAGAAGAAGAUAUAUCAUUAGAGAAGAAACAGUCCAAUCCUUCUGGAAAAAAAAGACGCCGAAAGCGUACUAAAUCUACAGAUAAGCAAACAUCAUAGUAAUAAAUUAAUCAUCAUCAAAAAAAAAAAAUCAUUUAUAAAAUGUUAGCAGCUAAUCUUUAAUUAUAUAUUUACUUAUAUAAUGAAUAAUCAUCCCUCAUUCCUAUUAAAUAUUUUAUAGUAUUACUAGGCGUAACAAAUUGUGAUCACUAUUAAUUAUUAUUAUUAUAUAAAUAUUUAUUUUAUUUUCCAUUCUUAUAUUAUAUUCAAAUAACAAAAAACCAUCUACAUUUCAUUAUGGACCAAUUUUUUACAUUUACUAUAUUUUUAGCUGUUUAGUGAUGAGAAUUCCAGUUUGUUUUUUAACUGUUGGCACACCUUAUCAUCAAGUAUAAACCAAUUGUUUAUAAUAAAACUUUUAUUUUUUUAUAUA